AUGGCGGACGGUGUGGACCACAUAGACAUUUACGCGGAUGUGGGUGAAGAGUUCAACCAGGAAGCUGAAUAUGGUGGGCAUGAUCAGAUAGAUUUGUAUGAUGAUGUCAUCUCUCCAUCUGCAAAUAAUGGAGAUGCCCCAGAAGACCGGGAUUAUAUGGAUACUCUCCCACCAACUGUUGGUGAUGAUGUGGGUAAAGGAGCAGCACCAAAUGUUACAGAUGAAGACUUAACUGAAGCAGUUCAUUCUUUGGGAGUAAAUGAUAUUUUAGAGAUAAAAUUUUUUGAAAACCGUGCAAAUGGCCAGUCAAAAGGAUUUGCCCUUGUUGGUGUUGGAUCUGAAGCAUCCUCAAAAAAGUUAAUGGAUUUGUUGCCUAAAAGAGAACUUCAUGGACAAAAUCCUGUUGUAACUCCAUGCAAUAAACAGUUCCUGAGUCAAUUUGAAAUGCAGUCCAGAGGACGGGGCCGUUUUCCAGGGGCUGUUCCCGGUGGGGACAGAUUUCCUGGGCCAGCGGGACCAGGAGGGCCACCCCCACCUUUUCCAGCUGGACAGACUCCACCACGCCCACCAUUAGGUCCUCCAGGCCCACCGGGUCCACCAGGUCCUCCACCUCCUGGUCAGGUUCUGCCUCCUCCACUAGCUGGGCCUCCUAACCGAGGAGAUCGCCCUCCACCACCAGUUCUUUUUCCUGGACAACCUUUUGGGCAGCCUCCAUUGGGUCCGCUUCCUCCUGGUCCACCACCUCCAGUUCCAGGCUACGGCCCCCCUCCUGGCCCACCACCUCCACAACAGGGACCACCUCCACCUCCUGGCCCCUUUCCACCUCGCCCACCUGGCCCUCUUGGGCCACCCCUUACACUUGCUCCUCCUCCGCAUCUUCCUGGACCACCUCCAGGUGCCCCACCACCAGCUCCACAUGUGAACCCAGCUUUCUUUCCUCCACCAACUAACAGCGGCAUGCCUACAUCAGAUAGCCGGGGUCCACCACCAACAGACCCAUAUGGCCGACCUCCACCAUAUGAUAGGGGUGACUAUGGACCACCUGGAAGGGAAAUGGAUACUGCAAGAACGCCAUUGAGUGAAGCUGAGUUUGAAGAAAUCAUGAAUAGAAAUAGGGCAAUCUCAAGCAGUGCCAUUUCAAGAGCUGUGUCUGAUGCCAGUGCUGGUGAUUAUGGGAGCGCUAUUGAGACUUUGGUAACUGCAAUUUCCUUAAUUAAACAAUCCAAAGUAUCUGCGGAUGAUCGUUGCAAAGUCCUUAUUAGCUCUUUGCAAGAUUGCCUUCAUGGAAUUGAGUCCAAGUCUUAUGGUUCUGGAUCAAGACGUGAACGAUCAAGAGAAAGGGACCAUAGUAGAUCAAGAGAAAAGAGUCGGCGUCAUAAAUCCCGUAGCAGAGAUCGUCAUGAUGAUUAUUACAGAGAGAGAAGCAGAGAACGUGAGAGACACCGUGAUCGUGACCGAGACCGGGACCGAGAGCGGGACCGAGAGCGCGAGUAUCGUCAUCGUUAG